AUGCCCCGCAAGAAACGCAAGUCGCAGAAGGUCUGCUUUGUUACUGUCGGAGCAACGGCAAGCUUUGACUCCUUGGUCAAAGCCGCCCUUAGCCCGCAAUUUCUGGAAGCUUUGGAGACCCAUGAUUACACGGACCUGCGAUUACAACAUGGCAAAGAUGGACAGAAGUUGCUCGAGGGGUUCAGAAGAAGCAGUUAUGCCAUGAGUGAAGAAGUGCAGGACCUCAGCAUAAGUGGUUUCGACUUCAACAAGCAGGGUUUGGGAUCCGAGAUGCGGGCUGCCAAAGGCCAAGGCAACGGUGUAGAAGGUGUUGUCAUCAGCCACGCAGGAUCUGGCUCUAUCCUCGACGCCCUACGAAUUGCGGUCCCCAUUAUUGUUGUUCCCAAUUCAGACUUGUUGGACAAUCAUCAGGAAGAGUUGGCAGAAGAGCUUGCAAUACAAGGCUAUGUGGUUCAUGGAAAUCUCCAUGAUUUACCAGCCGCGAUCCGACAGUCGGAGAGUCUACGGAAGACACAGAAUCCUUGGCCACCGGCGGAUACCGGGGAAGAUCCUAACGGCAAAGGGCUUGUUGGUGUCAUGGAUGAUGAAAUGGGUUUCGUUGACUAA